UUUGAAACUCCGCCUUCCGUCUCCUCACGCGCCACCUUCUCAAUACUCUUUUUUUUUUUCCGCCCUUUACAAAUACCCAAAUCCAACCCUCUCACUCCCACUCCCCAUCUCCCUCUACGAGAUUCAGAUUUCUCCGAGAGUUAGAGAUCUCUCUCCAUUCUUUCUACCGCUUAAUUCUAAUGCGACCCAGAUUUAGAGAUUCAUACACCAAUAUGGAGUCUCUUCCUGAUGCGAUCCUUCAGUACAUUCUCUCCAACCUGACCGAAGCGAAGGAUGUGGCUGCCUGCAACUGCGUCUCCAAGCGGUGGAAAGAGUCAACGGACUCCGUCAAGCGCGUUAACUUCCCCAGGAACUCAUUCGAAAGCAUCCCGGAGACUGAUGAUUCCGACGCCAUCGUUCUGAAGAUGGUCUCGUCUUUCCGCCGUCUGGAGGAGCUUGUGGUCCUUAGCCCGUUCUCUAGCAAAGGCCUAGCAUCUUGGAUGUCGCACGUCAGUCAAUCUCUCAGGCUACUGGAGCUAAGAAUGGAUAAUCUCGCUAGCGAAGAGGCUAUUAAAGAGGGGCCCUUGAAGCUUGAUUGCGUCGGCUUGGCCAAGAGUUUGGAGACUUUGAAGCUUUGGGGUGUUUUGAUGUUGAGCAUUCCUAAGUGGGAUACGUUCCCAAACCUUCGCAGCCUCGAAAUAGUGGGAGCAAGGUUGGACGAUUCCACGUUGUGUAGUGCUCUACGUGCAUGCCCGAAUCUGAGUAACUUGCUUCUGCUAGCUUGUGAAGGAGUUAAAUCCAUAUCGAUCAAGCUUCCGAACUUGGAGCACUGUAAGCUGGAUUUCUAUGGACAAGGUAACAGCUUGCUCUCCCUCACGAGCCCGAGAAUAGUGUCCCUUGAUGUACAAGGCUGUAGCUGGAUCAGUGUCCCUGAAACCAGAUUCUUAAAGAGCUUAUCCAUCGCCAACAUUGCUGGGAGAGUUUACAUGGUAGAUUUCCGUAACCUUUCAUCGCUUGAGGCCCUGUCAAUUCGAGCCGUACAAUGGUGUUGGGAUGCACUAUCCAUAAUGCUGCAGCAAGCAAGAGACGUGAAGCAUCUCUUUAUGAAGGUCGAAUUCACAGGCAAUGACACCCUUCAACCUUUCCCUGAGAUUGAUUUUGUCGAGUUCUUCAAUAACCACCCCAAGCUUCAAAAAUUCGACAUCCAUGGAGCAAUGUUCGCUGCACUUUGCCAGAAAAACAGUCUCAAGAAGCUUGAGACAGGAUUUGCAAUACCGUGUCUGGAGGAAGUUGUUAUCACAGUGAGAUCUCCACUGAACGCAGAACAGAAGAUGAACACUCUUGAAUCGCUUGUGAAAUACGCGAAAGGUCUGAAGCGAAUGGUGAUUAGAGUUCUUCAGAUGAAGAGCAACCACAGCAGUGCAGAUGAUUUCUGCGAUGAUAUCUGCAAGUUCCGGUACAUGAAUAUGCCUCUUGUUCAAAUAGAAUGAAAUAUUUUUUUUGCUGUUAAUCAAUAUUUCGGCCAUUGAUUUCUGAUUCUAUUUCUGUUAGCUCACCAUUUCUUGUUUGAGAAAUUUUUGUUUCCUGAUUCAUUGUGAUUGUCAUGAACUUGUGACUCUGAUUCCGACAACGUUUCGAAACUUUUCCCAGUUGUCUUUUAAUCAAUUAAUUAUGGACACAUUUCUUAAUUUAGUUUUCUUGUUAGUA